AUGUCUCAGCUUCUCAUCCGUCUCUCCGCCAGGCUCUCUUCCCGCAACAACAAUGUUUGCAUCCACAAGUGCUUUCGUUUGUUCUCAACCGGCCCGUACUUGACACUUGGUACUAGGGUUCAAGAAGUUUUGCCGAGCGGCUGCAAAAUUGGAGAUGUUCUCUUGUUUUACCCGGCAAAAGAGCAGAUACUGACUCUCCAUGACAAAACAAUACCUAAAGAGCUCAAGGACGAAGAAAUGAUUGGAACUUCCCAUGGAUGGAGUUUUUUCUAUGACCGUCAUGAUCGUAUCGUACGUAUCAGCGACAUUUUCAGUCCUUUUGCAUCCAAAUCAAACCCCACCGUGAUUCCUCUGCCUCGGCUUACUGAUCUUCCCAGUGAACAAAUCGAACAAGUAUGUAACGUAGCAAUGUCGUCUUCCUCUCCUCUUGGUGAUGAAGACUGUGUAGUGGCUAUCAAGUUUUCAGGUGACCAGUUGAGUCUGUGCAGGCCCGGUCGUGACCUUGAGUGGACUAACAUCUUAACCCCUUUCCACUGCUGUGAAAACUCAAAUGUCAUGUAUUCAAAAAGAUACAAGAGAUUCUACUUAUCUGCUCCUGGAGGCAUUCACUUUUUCUCCUAUCAUCUAAAUGAAAACACUGAGCACCAUAAGUUGGUCUACCGCGACCAUCCAGAGCUGGAUCAGUCUGAGUGGAAGACUUUGAGUAUGUGUUCAAGGAGGGAAUACCUUGUGGAGUCAUCCUCUAGUGAUGAACGUUACCUAGUCAAAUGGUACGCUCAUGGCUCCUACUCAUCGGUGUUAAAUGGAAUUGAAUACAAAACAAAGAGGUUCAUGGUGUUUAGUGAGGAGGAGACGGCUGAAGGAAAAUUCAUGUGUUACACAGAGGAUAUUGGAGAAAUGUGCAUUUUCAUUGCAAGUAACGAGGCUUUUUGUAUCCCGGCUAGCUCAUGCCCCGGUCUGAAACCUAGCACCAUCUAUUUUAUGGUGGGACAUGGCUUUGGUUCUUAUGAUCUCACUACCGGAGACACACAUCAUUAUAAAGCUCCCGACGGUUUUAUCUCCACACCUUGCUGGCUUCCUCCAGUUUCUAUCUAG